AGAUCUACUUAGAGGCCUAGAGAUAUCUAUUAGGAUUUUAAAAAGUACAUCAGUUAAUUUUUUAGAUCUUUAGCCUAGAGUCUAGUAUAAGUUGAACUAUUCCAUAUUAUGAUAUGGUUUUGCUUAGCCAUGUAAAACAAUGCACUCAUCCUUAAUCUUCGGGAUUGAAGACAUUGCCUUUAUUAUUAUAGAUCUAUUUAAAGAUUUAUUAUUAAGUCAAAAUAUUGACUCUCAUUAGAUCUGCUAACUUGAUGAAAAUAUUUUAAAAAUUAGUUUGUUUCUGGAAAGUCAUUUUAUAUCUAUUCCUAGAACUACUCUAGUUUGAGUCUACAAAUAUUGUCAUUGGAAUUAUCCAUGACAUUUGAGUUGCAUCCACAGAAAUGAUUUCAUUUUUAAGCAACAUUUUUUUAAACCCAUGGUUUUUGGUUGGAGGUUUUAUUUUCUAUAUUUUGCUCUACAUAAUAUCAUCUUACUUUUUGGGAGAAACUAAAGGAAAAAACCCACUAGCUAAAGAUUAUAGGUUACCUCCUGAACCAGGUGUUAUUGAUGCUAAAGCACGAAAUGCAGUUCUUAAACAAAGAUUUAAAGCCUCUCAAGUUCCAGAGAAACUAGAUGUGAUUGUAAUAGGAAGUGGUGCUGGUGGUCUAACUGCUGCAGUUCUACUUAGCCGAGCUGGUCUCAAAGUUCUUGUCCUUGAGCAACAUGAUCAAGCUGGUGGCUGCUGUCACACUUUUGUUGAGAAAGGGUUUGAGUUUGACACUGGAAUUCAUUAUAUUGGUGAUCUUCAAGAUGGAACCAUAGACCGCACACUUCUGGAUCAGCUAACUUGUGGUCAGCUAAGAUGGGCACCACUGGAUGAUGAAUUUGAUCAAAUAGUUGUGGGUUCUUCUGACAAGGCCAAAAUAUACAAGUUGAAGUCUGGAGCUGAGAGGUAUGUUCAACAACUUAUAGAUAUGUUUCCAGGUGAAGAAAAAGCUAUCCUCAAAUUCAUGGAGCUUGUAAAGGAUGCUGCCCCAACAAUGUUUUGGUAUUCACUGCUGAAGAUAUUGCCUCGACGUAUUGCUCAAUUUUUGGUGUACUCCGGAUUGUACAAACUGGUACUGAAGUGCUAUAGAAAAGGUUACAUUGACACAAGUCUACAACAAGUUCUGGACAGAUUGACCAACAACAAAGAGCUCAAGCUUGUCUUAGCAUACUUAUGUCCAGACUAUGGUGUUCUGCCUAAAGAUGUACCUUUUUUACUUCAUGCCGCUGUUACUGAUCAUUUUGCUGAAGGUGCUUUCUACCCUGUUGGUGGGUCUUCUGAGAUUGCCUUUCAUAUGAUUAAGAGUAUAGAGAAGACAGGUGGCAAAGUCUUGGUUCAGGCCCCUGUGACCAAAAUAUUGUGCGAUGGCAAAGGAAGAACAUAUGGUGUUCAGGUUGGCAAAAACAGUUCUGAGAUCUAUGCCAAAUACAUUAUUUCUGAUGCUGGAGUGGUUAAUACUUUUAAUGCUUUACUUCCAGAAGCUGUAGCUAAAUCUUCCUUUAUAUACCCAACGAUUGCGAAGGUUGGACCAAGUGUCUCAUUCUUAACUACAUUUAUUGGAUUUGAAGGCAGCUCUAGUGACCUGAAACUACCAGCUAGCAAUAUAUGGGUCUAUGCUACAGAAGACAUUGGCGAAGCUCUAGAUAAAUAUCUGAGUAUGAACCCAGAAGACAUUGAAAAUAUCAAAAUACCAUUUGGUUUUAUUUCUUUCCCAUCAGCCAAAGAUCCAGAAUGGGAGAAAAAGUAUCCAGGAAAAAGUUCUGCCCUUAUAAUCACUCUUGCUAAGUGGGAAUGGUUUUCAAAAUGGAAGGAUGAAAAAGUCAGUCACCGUGGGGACCAUUAUGAAAGAAUCAAAGAUAUAAUUGGAAGACAGAUGUGGCAGCAGUGUUUAGACCUGUUUCCCCAAUUAGAUGGAAAAAAAGUCUACCUAGAAGUUGGGACACCUGUUUCUAACCAGUACUAUCUAGCCUGUCCACAAGGUGAAAUGUAUGGACUAGAUCAAGGUAAACAGCGUUUCUCAGCAGAUGCAGCAUGGAGGUUGAGAAUGGAUACUGACAUAUCAGGACUGUUUAUAACAGGUCAAGACUCGUUAAGCUGUGGUUUCUCAGCAACAGUUUUAUCUGGACUGUUUUGUGCAUCCAAAAUUUUAAACCAGAGCCUGUACUCUGAACUUCUGAAACUUCGGAAGACAAUCAUAAAGGCUGACAGAUCCAAGACUUAAAGAUAGACAAAAAAUAAUUUUUAAAAUGUUUUUUUUAUUUCAAGAAACAUUUCAGAGUUGUGUUGCACUAAAAUUAUUGAGUGCUGCAAAAAAAAAACAAAAAAAACAAAA